AUACUGAAUCAGCCCUUCUGGUUAUCCUCAAAGUUUCGCUUCAUCCGACGUCCUCAUCUCGAUCACGCCAUCUACUCGUCAAUCCUCCUUCACUUCAAGAUGGCUGAGAAUCUUCCAUCUUUCGACGUCACCGCCAAUCAGAAGGUGGGGCUCUUAGGGCCAGACAUCAAUCCACCUUCACCUUCUCAUAUCUUUAUAAAGCCAGGACUCACCCCCCAAUUGUCAAAUUUCUCCACCACCCAACGUCUCCACCUAUCAACGCGGCUAUUGAAGUUCAACGAGAUUCGUUACCCCUGAACGUCAAACAUGUCGAAAGCAAUCGAGAGGCCAAAGACCCCGCCGCCAUUGGAGCAUAGGCACGCUCAACUGCCUACUCCUCCGCUAACCGGGGGUUUUGCCAAGGCUGUCAACUUCUCGAUAUCGAGACGUCUCGCACGCACCGAAGGGAGUGAGGAGACCCUCGUCGACUUCUUCCAGAUCAGGGACGACUGUUACGGGGUCGCGGUCUCGGAUGAUAGCUCAGCACGAUCUAGCAGUCCGUCAGGUGUGGAGCUGUCAAGCGCUUCUACUACGGUCACCGUGCUAGAGAAACACGAUCCCUUCCCUAGCUUCGCGAUCGCCAACGAUGCACCUUGCACGUCUGAGCCAUUCCCCUUUCUGAAGCUCCCCCUCUCCGUCCGCAACCGCGUUUACGAAUUUCUUCUGGUCAUACCGGCCCUCAUCUGCAUGCGCCAAAAGCACACCUCGUACCACAACGAUAAGGGAGCGUAUCUGUCUGCAGAGCAACGCGAGCUGCUCCCCGGUAUCGCGUAUGCUCUUCCGCAACUCACCGUCGGCGGGUAUAAGUUCCGUUUCACUCGCUUUCACCACACGAACACCUGCAUUCUGGGAGUUUCAAAAGAAGUUCAUGCAGAAGCGAAAGCGGUAUUGUACGGUCUGAAUGACUUCGAGAUCGGCUGCCCGAAUAUGGAGACUUCACCGGCUGCGAACUUCAAAGUGCCUCUUUUCCCUCGCAAUUGUCAGCGACUCGUGCGCAAACUACACAUUCGUGUGCGCGCUUGCUACCCGCUACAGUGGCUCCUCAACGGCGGAUACGCAGAGUUGAAGGAUGCGUACCGCGCGCUAGAGACCCUCACUCUUAUUCUCGAGGUGCAAGAUGCGAAGAAGGGCUUCGGCAGGCGCUGGACCAAGAAGGAGGGAGAGAAAUGGGUGGUGUACGUCAAGCGGCUUAACAGUGCAUUGGCCGUGGAGUUCUUCGGCUCGGCCGGCAAGAUCAAGAACGUCCCGCUUUGGAUGGACCUGCGGGUCCUCUUCGAUGGAGAGAAGUACCACGACACCUCCGAGCUGGAGCGAGGCAGCACAGGUGGAGGCGGGUUGAGCAACGACAGCGCCGAAGAGAACGCGAAGCGGCUAGCUCUCAAGCGCGGUCUCGUCGAGGCCUUUGAGCUUUUCAAGCGAGGUAGCCAUUAAGAGCUCGAGCUGCUCCCCGCCACAAUUUCUGGGUGAAAGCAACCACGACAACUUCUUCAGCGGCGCCUUCACUUACGACUCCCUGCUCCCACCUUCGUAUUUCACGAAUUAUACCUCGUUUCACCGUCCGUGUCCCGGUUCUAGACGACGCUUCAUGAGUGUUGGGAUAGUCCUGGAUGACCCAUCGCUCAGUUCGUAGUCCAUCGAUGUCCUCCUGUUGAUGGCACAACUAUAUAUUAUCUAUGAGGUCUGAGCAUAUAUUGAGAUAGGCAUCUGACGCAUAUAUAUAUCUUCUUUGCGGCCAUAAUUCUAGGAUUGGGGAUAUCGCGAGGGUACGUCAUUCAUUCACUGAAUUGGACACAGGCGUAGCUUAGCACUCUCUGGAAAUUCGAAAAGUGUAAAAAUGUCCAAGUCUUUCUCGGGCGACACUUUAUAAGUGGACGUCGAAUGUUCCAUGAGAACUUUGAGAAACAUGACUAGA